UGUGAGAGAACCAGCUCUGCACACGAGCAUCCGGGCUCAGCAGGAAGCACCUCCUCAUCCACUUCCAGGUCCAAGUCAGACGCCAUGUGGGUCAGAUGCCUGCUCUUCAUCUCAACCUUGAUUGCCCCCAUCGCCGUCGUGUGUGGCCGUGCACCCAUCCCCAUGGCAGUGGUGCGCAGGGAGCUGUCCUGUGAGUCCUACCCCAUCGAACUGCGCUGCCCCGGCACGGACGUCAUCAUGAUCGAAAGCGCCAACUACGGCCGCACCGAUGACAAGAUCUGUGACUCGGACCCGGCCCAGAUGGAGAACACGAGGUGCUACCUGCCCGACGCCUACAAGAUCAUGUCGCUCAGAUGCAACAACCGUACCCAGUGUGCAGUGGUAGCAGGCCCUGAUGUUUUCCCCGAUCCCUGCCCGGGAACAUACAAAUACCUGGAAGUCCAGUACGAGUGUGUUCCUUACAAAGUAGAACAAAAAGUAUUUUUGUGUCCUGGCAUCCUACGGGGAGUAUACCAAAGUGAGCAUCUCUUUGAGUCUGACCACCAGUCGGGUGCGUGGUGCAAAGACCCACUGCAAGCUUCAGACAAGAUUUACUACAUGCCCUGGACGCCAUACCGCACAGACACACUUACAGAGUAUUCGUCAAAAGAGGACUUCAUCGCAGGCCGUCCCACAACCACAUACAAGCUGCCACACCGAGUGGACGGGACAGGUUUUGUUGUCUAUGACGGUGCGCUGUUCUUCAACAAAGAGCGUACCCGCAACAUCGUCAAGUUUGACCUGCGCACACGCAUCAAAAGCGGUGAGGCGAUUAUUGCCAAUGCCAACUACCAUGACACUUCGCCAUACCGCUGGGGGGGCAAGUCAGACAUCGACCUUGCUGUGGAUGAGAAUGGAUUGUGGGUGAUCUAUGCAACAGAGCAGAACAACGGGCGCAUUGUAGUGAGCCAGCUCAACCCUUACACCUUACGCAUCGAAGGCUCCUGGGAUACCAGCUAUGACAAACGCUCUGCUUCCAACGCUUUCAUGAUCUGCGGGGUCUUGUAUGUCGUCAAAACUGUAUAUGAAGAUGAUGACAACGAAGGGACGGGGAACAAGAUUGACUACAUGUACAACACCGACAAGGGCAAGGAAAUGACGGUGAACAUACCGUUUCCCAACUCCUACCAGUAUAUAGCUGCAGUGGAUUACAACCCUAGAGACAACCUGCUGUAUGUGUGGAAUAAUUACCAUGUGGUCAAGUACUCGCUGGACUUUGGCAACAAUGAUUACCGCCCACCUCCCAUGCUGCCACCAAACCGAGGAGGGUCAGGAGGUGGUUCAGUGGGAGGAGGAAGUUCCUCCUCUUCUUCAACCAGCCGCGCCAUCACCACUCGCUCUCCUCCCUACUACACCACCCCGAGGCCCCUCCUCACGACCUCCCCUGGCCAGCGCUACAGGACGACCACCACAGUCCGCCAGCCCAUCCUGGUUCCUGCCGGAGGAUCGUCUUCGGACACUAAUCAAAUUCCCGACACCAAUCAAAAAGCGGGACGAUCCCCACCUGUACAAGUUCUUCCAGCGGCUCCGCAGCCUCCUGUCCUGCCUCCACAAGACUUCUGCAGCCCGAGAGUGAUAGCUGACAUAUCGUGGCCACGGACACAGCAGGGCCAGACAGCCAAGCAGCCCUGCCCGGUUGGCACCCUGGGCGUGGCUACAUUUGUAUGCAUUGCCCAUGUGAGCUACUGGGAUCCCCAAGGCCCUGACCUCAGCAACUGCACGUCACCCUGGGUCAACCACAUCAUGCAGAAACUUCGCUCAGGCGAGACGGCAGCGAUUGUAGCCAGGGAGCUGGCAGAGCAGACCAAAGGUCUUCUACGUCCUGGCGAUGUGCCAUCCACAGUGCGAGCCAUGGCCCAACUAGUGGAACUGUUGGAUGUCCAGCUCAGGAACCUCACCCCUGGAGGCAAAGACAGCGCAGCCCGCAGCCUCACUAAGCUUCAGAAGAGAGAAAGGUCCUGCAGGUUUUUCACACAGGUAUUUCCUCUUCCUGCUUUGGUUGAUUACUUUGCUUCACCAUUGUCCCACCACUCGGAAAAGAAUUUCAAUCCCAACUGCUCUUUUUGGAGCUACUCCAAACGCACCAUGACGGGAUUCUGGUCCACGCAGGACUGCCGACUGCUAGCCACCAAUCGCACACACACCAGCUGCUCCUGCACCCACCUCACCAGCUUUGCAGUGCUCAUGGCUCAUGUUGAUGUCAAGAAAACCGGCAGCAUGCACGAUAUGCUCCUGGAUGUCAUCACGUGGGUGGGGAUCCUGUUGUCUCUGGUUUGCCUGCUGAUCUGCAUCUUCACCUUUUGCUUCUUCCGAGGACUGCAGAGCGACCGCAACACCAUCCACAAGAACCUCUGCAUCAGCCUGUUCAUCGCCGAGUCACUGUUUCUGGUUGGGAUCAACAAGGCCGACCAGCCGGGAUGA